UCCCUUUGCUAUAAACACUCCCACCUCCUCCCCCAACUUUCUAUUUGAAGAACUCCCUCUCACAGAAGUUCUGCCUUGUGUCUCCCCGAGAAUUUCUCAUCGCUCCCCAAACGCUCACCACACAAUUCAUCAAACGCCAACCAACCCACCAACAAAGGAGCCAAAGCAUAGCAAUGCCAGCCAUAAUCACAAGGAUUUUCCUCCUUUACCACCUCCUCCACACUUGGUUCCACUAUUUGGUCCCCAAGAAGCUGAGAGUCUACCUCCCUCCUUCUUGGUCCCCUCUCCGCCUCGACCCGACGCCGCCGCCACCGCCGCCGGCUCCGUCGUCGUUGCUCCGCUCCCUCUCUCUGGUCAAGGCCCCGAUGGACGCCGCGGAGCUCAAGCGCGUCUUCCAGAUGUUCGACCGCAAUGGGGACGGGCGGAUCACCAAGAAGGAGCUCAGCGACUCGCUCGAGAACCUCGGGAUCUACAUCCCCGACAAGGAGCUCGCGGAGAUGAUCGAGAAGAUCGACGUGAACGGCGACGGCUGCGUGGACAUCGACGAGUUCGGCGCGCUGUACCGGUCCAUCAUGGAGGAGCGCGACGAGGAGGAGGACAUGAGGGAGGCCUUCAACGUGUUCGACCAGAACGGGGACGGGUUCAUCACGGUGGAUGAGCUGAGGUCGGUGCUGGCCUCCCUGGGGCUGAAGCAAGGGAGGACGUUGGAGGAUUGCAAGAGGAUGAUCAUGAAGGUGGAUGUGGAUGGUGAUGGGAUGGUCGACUUCAAGGAGUUCAAGCAGAUGAUGAAAGGUGGCGGCUUCAGCGCUUUGAGUUGACCCACAUUAUGUUUUUCUUUUUCCUUCUUUUUAUCCUUCUCUCUUCUCUUCUUUCAAAUUUUCAUGAAGUUGUACAUAGUAUUUUUCUCCAUGGUGGGUGGAUGCGUGAGGGGAGGGGAAAGAAAAGGAGGGAGAGAUUGGAAGGAUUUGGGGUUCCUUUGUGUCAUUUGUUUUCAUGGUUCGCGCGCCGAAGAGCUCGAGCACGUGCGAGAGGAAGGCGUUCCGGAGUCUCCAUUGCCGCCACUAACCACAUGGAUCGAGUAAUUCGAGGUGCAAUGCACGGUAGAUCUCUCAUGUGGUUGAUACGAACGGAUCCGAGUGAACGGAGAUCUAAUCGAGUGGCGAAUGGUGGGGGCGCGGCGAAGUUGAGCACAUGGAAGAAAAGGAUCAAGAUUCUCGUGCGUUUGUAGUUUGUGGUUCUCUUGUUUGGUAGCAUUUUGAUAGCCCCAUUGUCAUUGAUUGUCAAGAUGGAAACUUCCUUCUUUUAUUUCCUUUGGGAAAAGAAAUCUGAUGGAAGGAGACCAGCAAAUUUGCAUCACUACUUCCACCAAAAAAGGACAGAAAAGAUUGGACGAACGAAGGGAAAAUGUGGUUCAUGUUUUACAUAAGCUCGCUUAUGUGCAACGACUUCUGAAAUAUUCGACAGAAACAAUUGACUGCAUCAUUCCAAAA